UCCCGCCCCGCCCCCUUUCCCUCUCCUCAGCCGGGCGAACGUCAACACAAUGUUCUCCUCAGCGGCGAUGAGGAUGUCGCCGGCUGCUCCGCUCCGCUUCUUCUGCCCGUUCUUGCUGUUUUGCCUCGCCUCGGCCGGGCCAGGCAGCACGGCGGGGGUGGACGUGGGAGACGCGGCCGCUCGCGAGGCGGCGCGCUUCGCCUUGGCCGAAGCUUCUCAGACGGGUCGCGUCUGGACGCUGACAGGAGCCAAGACCCAGGUUGUGAAUGGCAUCAAAUACUACCUGGACGUGACCUUGCUGAAGAGUCUGUGUGGUGGGACUCUGGCCGAGGCUCAAGAUGCUUCCGGUUGUGUCGCUCCGGGCAAGCUUGAACAAAUUACGUGUUACUUUGAGGUUUGGAGUCAGCCCUGGGCAAGCAAGAAGAAACUUGUGAGGCAAGAGUGCCAUACUGCUGAGCCAUCUGAGGUAGUCCAGAUGGUAAGACUAGAACAUUGGGAGACGUUUCAUCCCAAGGUACCUGUUCUGGAAACUGAGGAGCCAUUCCAAGAGAAGAGGUUACUGCAGAAUGCCUCCAGCCAGCUGGUUUCCCUCUUCAAAGACUUCCUGACCACCUACAAGAAGAGUUACGAGAACCAAAGAGAAACUGAAAGGCGCUUCAAGAUCUUCGCCGAGAACCUGAAGAAGGCCCAGGUUAUUCAAGAGCUGGAUCAGGGCACAGCAGAGUAUGGAGUCACCAAAUUUAGUGACUUGACAGAGGAGGAAUUCCACACUGUCUACUUGAACCCCUUACUGGCCAAACUGCCGCGUCGCCCGAUGAAGCUGGCCGCCAUCCCCACCGAUGCAGCCCCUGGCUCCUGGGACUGGCGGGAUCAUGGGGCUGUCACUGAUGUGAAGAACCAGGGUGACUGUGGAUCCUGCUGGGCUUUUUCUGUGACUGGCAACGUGGAAGGCCAGUGGUUCCUCCACAAGGGCUCCCUGGUUUCUCUCUCUGAGCAAGAGCUGGUGGACUGCGAUUCUUUGGACGAAGCCUGCGGAGGAGGGCUGCCGUCCAAUGCUUACGAGGCCAUUGAGUCACUGGGUGGCCUAGAAACAGAACGUGACUACAGCUACGAGGGAUUUGCACAGAAGUGUGAUUUCUCAAAGGACAAGGUGGCCGUUUACAUCAAUAGCUCACUGGAGAUCUCCCGGGACGAGAACGACAUUGCUGCCUGGCUGGCAAAGAAUGGCCCCAUCUCCAUUGCGCUGAAUGCUUUUGGCAUGCAGUUUUACAGGAAAGGCGUCUCCCACCCUUUCAUACUGUUCUGCAAUCCCUGGAUGAUUGACCACGCGGUCCUGCUGGUGGGCUACGGCACACGCGGCCGUCUUCCAUACUGGGCUAUCAAGAACAGCUGGGGCAAGGAAUGGGGGGAAAAGGGCUAUUAUUACUUAUACCGGGGUAGCCGAGCCUGCGGCGUGAAUACGAUGUGCACCUCCGCUGUGGUACAUUAGGCGCCUGAGGUCUCUCUGCCUCCUCCACGUCAGAACCGUUUCCUUGCUGGCUCUUCCUACAGGCACCAGGGCAUCUUCUCACGGGCACUAGGGCAUGAUCCAGUUACUGCAGCAACUGAUUUCCCAUUUUCUUUCUCAACGGGCCUAAAGUCUGGCCAAAUGCACACUGGGAAGAUCUUGCCCCCUCCCCUUUAAGAUGUGCCAGCCGCAGUUCACUUGCAGAGAUGGGGUUUCAUUCCUUAUGAGGUAGAGCCUUAACCCCUCCUGGGAGGAUCCUGGCAACAUUGGUGUUAGAUAAAUUAGCUUCCCCUCCCCACUCUCUGCAGGAUCAGGUUCCUUUCUGGUGUACAUGUGAUGGGCGACGGUUUUCUGCAUAUUUGGUGGUGAAUGGGACUUUCUCCAGGAUGGUGUAGUGGUGAAGAGCUGUGGACUUUAAUCUGGAGAACUGGGUUUGAUUCCCCACUCCUCCACAUGAAGCCUGCUGGAUGACCUUGGGCUAGUCACGGUUCCCACAGAACUCUCUCAGCCCCACCUAUUUUGUUGUGGGGAGAGGAAGGGAAGGCGUUUGUAAGCUGCUUUGAGACUCCUUACAGGAGAGAAAAGUGGGGUAUAAAUCCAAACUCUUCUCCUUGGAAGUAACAGGCCUUCAACUCACCCACGUUCUGCCCCUCCCAUGCCCUCCCCAUGUUUGUUUAUUUACUCAACAGUAGAAAAACAAAUAACUGACAGAAGAGAUCCAGUUCAGUUAGGCUGUGUUCCCACGGGAACAACUUUCCUUACUAUUGUUUCUUGACACCUGGAAGGCCUGGCGGCAGAGCUCAUUCUUGGCAUGCAGCUGGCCCCAGGCAUCUCCACUCCCAAGGAUUUGGGAUAUCAGGGCUCGGAAGGACUUCUUCCUGAGCCUUUGGAGAGUCUCUUGGUGGGCAACUCUGGGCCAGAUGGGUUAAAAAUAUGACUCUGCAUGACAGAGCCUUAUCCAGCACGCGUCAUAAAAUCUAGCUUUGCUGAGAACCUCACCUGGCCUUUUGGUACCACCCAACUUGGUAGGUUCCCCUUUCUCGUUGGGUAAAUAAGCACGGAAGUGAAUCUUCCCUCAUUUAUGGCAUUACCGGGGUGGGGUGGAGGGGACAGGUUCUAGCAUUGCUUCACAUUGUCUCAAACGUUACUCUGUCCAAGGAAGGCAAAGCGCCUGUUACACCGCCCCGCCCCCCCGGACUGUUUCCUUUUCUUCUGGAUCGCAGCACUGAAAAAGCAGCGCCUCCUCUACUGAUCUUAAGAGGGUGCUCCUGUUUCCGUUAGGUUAGGCCAGUAUGGUCUUUCCAAAGAUGAAAAGGUCAUAGAAACAGUGGAGCCACAGAGACUGUGCUUCCCUUGUUGGCUCCUCCUCCUAAUGCACUGGAAAAUAAUGCCUCUAUGUAUUAGAAUCCAAUGUCUUCCUUGUCCUUUGACCCUUGAUUAUGAUUGUUUGUACAUGUGCUCUGCGAGCCCAGUAUUAGCGUGAUGUUGGCAGUAGGAGUUCGGUGGGCAGGUCAGAUGAGCUUUAGAGCCAGGAGUUUCCUCACUCAUACCUGGUUAGGUCUUCUUCAUGGCCACCCUGAUCAGUACUUCUGCUGCAGCAGUGGAUGCUUGUCUCACUGCCCCAAGAUUAGCAUCUUUCUUUAAAUAAUAAAAAUGGCUCCAUUAGACUGGAGGGUUUUUUUAAAAGGGGCUGCACUCUUUUCCCUGUUAAAAAGUAUUAUGAAAGCUACAUGUUACAAAGGGUGGGUGUAAAGUGUUUCCUGCCUCAACCUUUGCUUGGGUAUAGAAAGACCCAUCUGCUUCAUCUGACACCCCUUCAAAGGUCGAAGCCUGUUACUUUUUUAGAAUCUCUGUUGGAUCUUGGUGCUGAAAUGGCUGUGAUUCUGAACUAGAAGAGGACUAUUUAAUAGACUCACUGCCUGACACUGUGGAUCUAGUCUGUUUAGAGUCGUGGCGCUUGGUAUUGUAUCAUUCCACUUUAAUAAAGGUCAGUGUCAUGA